CCAUGGCCGAACCAACGAACAAGUGUUCCCUUUCUCUUUCACGACUGUCGGGUAUAAAUUCAUUGCGUCCAAAAUCAUACGCAAAUUACUAGUAGUUGUUAUUGCAGAGGAGGACGAAAAGAAUAGACGAAGAGAAUGGGGAGGAUCGAUUAUUUGGCGAUGAGAUCCGAGCGGGAAGCCGCAGCCUUGCUCGAUUCAGACUUCGACGAGUUGAAAAUUGCCGCGAAGAAGCUCAUCGCCCACGCAGCCAGAUUGGGACGCCAUGGCUUCGCAACGUCUUUCUUCAAAUGGCUCGCCUCAUUCGCCGCCAUCUACUUACUGAUCUUGGAUCGAACAAACUGGAGAACAAACAUGCUGACUUCCCUACUCGUUCCAUACAUUUUCUUCAGCUUACCUUCGUUUUUGUUUCGCUUUCUCAGGGGAGAAGUAGGAAAGUGGAUUGCAUUUGUUGCAGUAGUGCUAAGGCUUUUCUUCCCCCGGCAUUUUCCAGACUGGCUGGAAAUGCCGGGAUCAUUGAUUCUUUUGCUGGUGGUUUCCCCUGGUUUUUUUGCUCAUACUUUGAGAGACCAUUGGAUCGGUGUAGCAUUAUGUCUCGUCAUCGGUUGUUAUUUGUUGCAAGAACACAUUCGAGCAUCCGGUGGAUUCCGGAACUCCUUCACUCAAAGCAAUGGCAUCUCGAACUCACUCGGGAUUAUACUCUUGCUGGUGUUCCCUAUCUGGGCUUUGCUCACUCGUGCCUUUUGAUACGACUUGAGUUUUAUCGAGCUAUAGUUAAUUUAGUCGAUUAACUUUUGAGCUAGAGCUUGAUUCUUUAGUACGAUAUAUAAGUAUUAAAAGGUCCUGAAUUCAAAAUUUUCGAUUGAGAUUGUUAUGUCGGGUUUUAUCAUGGCAUAUAAAAUCUGAACG